UGGAACUGUACUUCCUAUACAAAAUUUUACCGAUCUUUGAAUAUACUUGUACAUGAUUGGCUGUACUCCUACAUCUAUUGUGAUAUGUACGCUAUUUUGAAAAGCAGAACUGUUGCUAUGUUGUCAGUUUUUAUGCUAUCUGCAAUUGUUCACGAAUAUAUCGUAGCCAUUUCUCUCAGAUUUAUAUUCCCUCCUUUAUUCACAUUAUUUUACAUAGCUGGUAUUAUAUUCAUUUUUAUGACUCGAAGAAGAACCUCAAACUUCUGGAACUUUUUCCUUUGGUUUACUUUGUUGCUAGGAUAUGGACUUUUACUAGUUUUCUACUCUUUGGAAAUGUCUGCCAGGAUCAACUGCCCGAGGAUUUUAGAUUCUUGGCUAGACUAUGCAGUUCCUCGGUUUCUCCAUUGCAAUGUGAUAUCUUUCCCAGUUUAGCGUAAAAGUUUAGUUAAAAAGCUUUUUAGUAAAAAUAUAACAAUCUAACUCGACCUGUAUUCUAAAUAAAUAGAAUUCCGGACAAUCCACUGAAAAUUUAAUUUUAGAUAUAUGUUUAACAUGUAUUUGGAAAUAGAGUGCCUCUAAUUUUGGGAGACUUAUUUAAGUAAUAUUGUAAAUUAUAAAUUUUCGAAUAUGUCCAAACUUAUUUGAAUAUCAUUAAGAGUGUAUCUCACUUUCUUUAAUUAUAAACAAACUUUUAAAUCGAUGAAAUUAAGUAUGUCUUACUACUGUAGAUGUAGAAUUCUAGAAACUUUUACAGAAAUGGA